AUGGCGGGGGCGCCGCGCGGCCGAGGCGGCGGCGGAGGCGGAGGCGGCGCGGGCGAGUCUGGGGGCGCCGAGCGGGCGGCGGGGCCGGGCGGCCGGCGCGGGCUGCGGGCGUGCGGCGAGGAGUUCGCGUGCCCCGAGCUGGAGGCGCUGUUCCGCGGCUACACGCUGCGGCUGGAGCAGGCGGCCACGCUGAAGGCGCUGGCCGUGCUCAGCCUGCUGGCGGGCGCGCUGGCCCUGGCCGAGCUGCUGGGCGCGCCGGGGCCCGCGCCCGGCCUGGCCAAGGGCUCGCACCCCGUGCACUGCGUGCUCUUCCUGGCGCUGCUCGUGGUCACCAACGUCCGCUCGCUGCAGGUGCCCCAGCUGCAGCAGGUCGGCCAGCUCGCGCUGCUUUUCAGCCUCACCUUCGCGCUGCUCUGCUGUCCCUUCGCUCUUGGCGGCCCCGCCGGGGCCCGCGCCGGGGUGGCAGCGGUGCCCGCGGCUGCCGACCACGGCGUCUGGCAGCUCCUUUUGGUCACCUUCGUGUCCUAUGCCCUGCUGCCCGUGCGCAGCCUGCUGGCCAUCGGUUUCGGGCUCGUGGUGGCCGCCUCGCACUUGCUGGUCACGGCUACCUUGGUCCCCGCCAAGCGCCCACGUCUCUGGAGGACGCUCGGUGCCAACGCUCUCCUCUUCCUCGGUGUGAACAUGUACGGGUUCUUCGUGAGGAUCCUGGCCGAGCGCUCCCAGAGGAAGGCCUUCCUGCAGGCCCGGAACUGCAUCGAGGACCGGCUGCGGCUGGAGGAUGAGAACGAGAAGCAGGAGCGGCUGCUCAUGAGCCUCCUGCCUCGGAACGUCGCCAUGGAGAUGAAGGAGGACUUCCUGAAGCCCCCUGAGAGGAUUUUCCACAAGAUUUACAUCCAGCGGCAUGACAACGUGAGCAUCCUCUUUGCAGACAUCGUGGGCUUCACGGGCUUGGCGUCGCAGUGCACGGCCCAGGAGCUGGUGAAACUCCUCAACGAGCUCUUCGGCAAGUUUGACGAACUGGCCACGGAGAACCACUGCCGCCGCAUCAAGAUCUUGGGGGACUGCUACUACUGCGUGUCCGGCCUCACCCAGCCCAAGACCGACCAUGCCCACUGCUGCGUGGAGAUGGGCCUGGACAUGAUCGACACCAUCACGUCGGUGGCCGAGGCCACUGAGGUGGACCUGAACAUGCGUGUGGGGCUGCACACUGGCAGGGUCCUCUGUGGGGUCCUGGGCCUGCGCAAGUGGCAGUACGAUGUGUGGUCCAACGAUGUGACUCUGGCCAACGUCAUGGAAGCCGCUGGGCUGCCCGGGAAAGUUCACAUCACAAAGACCACCCUGGCGUGCCUGAAUGGUGACUAUGAGGUGGAGCCGGGACACGGACACGAGAGGAACAGUUUUCUGAAAGCUCACAAUAUUGAGACCUUUUUUAUCGUGCCCUCGCAUCGACGGAAGAUAUUUCCAGGGCUGAUUCUCUCGGACAUAAAACCAGCCAAAAGGAUGAAGUUCAAGACCGUGUGCUACCUGCUGGUGCAGCUCAUGCACUGCCGGAAGAUGUUCAAGGCCGAGAUCCCUUUCUCCAAUGUCAUGACCUGCGAGGAUGAUGACAAGCGGAGGGCGUUGAGAACAGCCUCCGAGAAACUCAGAAACCGCUCGUCUUUCUCUACGAACGUUGUCCACACCAACCCCGGGACGCGUGUCAACAGAUACAUCGGCCGCCUCCUGGAAGCCCGCCAGAUGGAGCUGGAGAUGGCAGACCUGAACUUCUUCACCCUGAAGUACAAGCAGGCUGAGCGAGAGAGAAAGUACCACCAGAUUCAGGACGAGUAUUUCACCAGCGCCGUCGUUCUGGCCCUCAUCCUGGCCGCCUUAUUUGGCCUUGUCUACCUUCUAAUAAUCCCGCAGAGUGUGGCCGUCCUGCUCCUGCUGGUGUUCUGCAUCUGCUUCCUGGUGGCCUGUGUCCUGUACCUACACAUCACCCGAGUCCAGUGUUUUCCAGGGUGCCUGACGAUUCAGAUCCGCACCGUCUUGUGUAUCUUCAUCGUGGUCUUAAUCUACUCCGUGGCCCAAGGCUGUGUGGUGGGCUGCCUGCCUUGGGCCUGGAGCUCCAGUCCCAAUGGGUCCCUGGUGGUCCUGUCGUCCGGGGGCCAGGACCCCGUGCUGCCUGCCCUGCCCUGCGAGUCUGCGCCCCACGCCCUGCUGUGCGGCCUCGUGGGCACCCUCCCUCUGGCCAUAUUCCUGCGGGUCUCCUCCUUGCCAAAAAUGAUCCUGCUUGCUGUGCUCACCGCCUCCUACAUCCUGGUCCUGGAGCUCAGUGGGUACACAAAGGCCGUGGGGGGCGCCGGUGUCUCGGGCUGCAGCUUUGAGCCAAUCAUGGCCAUCCUGCUGUUCUCGUGCACGCUGGCCCUGCACGCCCGGCAGGUGGACGUCAAGCUGCGGCUGGACUACCUGUGGGCCGCACAGGCAGAGGAAGAGCGGGACGACAUGGAGAGGGUGAAGCUGGACAACAAGAGGAUUCUCUUCAACCUCCUGCCGGCCCACGUCGCCCAGCACUUCCUCAUGUCCAACCCCCGCAACAUGGACCUGUACUACCAGUCGUACUCGCAGGUUGGGGUCAUGUUCGCCUCCAUCCCCAACUUCAACGACUUCUACAUUGAGCUGGACGGCAAUAACAUGGGGGUGGAGUGUCUGCGUCUCCUGAAUGAGAUCAUCGCUGACUUUGACGAGCUCAUGGAAAAAGACUUUUACAAGGACCUGGAGAAGAUUAAGACCAUCGGGAGCACCUACAUGGCUGCUGUGGGGCUGGCGCCCACAGCCGGGACCAAGGCUAAGAAGUGCAUCUCCACCCACCUCAGCACGUUGGCAGAUUUUGCCAUUGAGAUGUUUGACGUCCUGGAUGAGAUCAACUACCAGUCUUACAAUGAGUUCGUGCUCCGUGUUGGCAUCAACGUUGGCCCCGUGGUGGCUGGAGUGAUCGGGGCUCGCAGGCCGCAGUACGACAUUUGGGGAAACACAGUCAACGUGGCCAGUCGGAUGGACAGUACCGGGGUCCAGGGCAGAAUCCAGGUCACGGAGGAGGUUCACCGGCUGCUGCGGCGGGGCUCCUACCGCUUCGUGUGCCGAGGCAAAGUCAGUGUCAAGGGCAAGGGCGAGAUGCUGACAUACUUCCUGGAAGGCAGGACCGAUGGAAAUGGCUCCCAAACCAGGUCCAUGAACUCAGAGCGGAAAAUGUGUCCUUACGGGAGAGCUGGCCUUCAGACCAGACUGGCCAUGGGCCAUCCCCCGGUGCCCCCUGCGGCCAGCCUCCCAGUCAGAGCCGGGCCAGGGGCCCUGCAGAGCUCGGAGCUCACCCCCGGCCCCACAGGCAAACACCUGCCCCCCAGCGCAGCUGGGAAGGAGGCUUAG